AUGCCGCCUAAGGAAGCGACCAAAGUUCUGGCCGAGCGGUUGGCCAAGCGCAAGGGGAUUCUCGCGCUGCGUGACAACAUCGAGAAGUUUCUGAAGAACGACUUCCUGGACGUGCAGAACAACAUCGAGAAGUUGGAUGAGCCGAACAAUCUGGACGCGAACAUUGCUCAGCGGGUCGACUUCGAGCAGCGCUACUGUGACAUCAAGGGAUUUUUGCUCUCCAAGCGACCUGUCGAUCUCAACCAAACAUUGGAGAUGUCUACGAUGUCUCACUCGCACUCGCACAAUUUCCACCUGCGUCUCCCGAAGAUCGAAUUGCCGCAGUUCGACGGAGACUACUCACGCUGGUUGUCCUUCCGGGACACUUUUGUGUCGAUGAUCCAUGCCAACUCGGACAUACCAACUGUAGCCAAGCUGCAGUACCUGCUGCAGUCGUUGGGACCGACAGCCAAGAAGCCUUACGAAUCCGUCGAUAUCAAGGCUGACAACUACUUCACGACGUGGUCAGCGAUACUCAAGCGGUACGACGACAAGCGUCACCUGAAGCGACAGCUGUUCAGAGGUUUGUACGAUUUGCCAGCAGUGCCAGAGGAGUGUGCGUCUGCGAUCCACAACUUGGCUGAUGACUUCCAACGCCACGUGAAGGCGCUCGAGAAGUUGGACGAACUUGUGCAGCAUUGGGACACGCCGCUGGUAAACAUGCUGUCGUACAAGUUGGAUCAAGCGACGUUGCGAGCGUGGGAGGAGAAGAAUAGCGAGAAGGCCGACGUUAAGUACGACGACAUGAUCGAGUUCUUGUACCAACGGGUACGCGUUUUGGAAGCUAGCGGAUCGGAGUCCAAGCAGUCGGCAUCGGCAAAGGUGACCGGUUCCUCAUCGAAACAAUCUCGGCCGAGGUUCGUUGCCAACGCUGCCUCUUCCUCCAGCUCGAACGGUUCGUGCUUGCUUGGGUGUUCGGAGAACCAUCAUCUACGCAGAUGUCCAGUGUUUCUUGGGAAGGAUGUGCAGCAACGCCGAGACCUGGUUGCGCAGAAACGGCUGUGCUGGAACUGUCUCUCGGCUGGCCACCCGGCCAGGAAGUGUGGGUCCAAGUUCUCGUGCCAAACUUGUAAGCAGAAACACCAUUCACUUGUGCACGUCUCGUCUCCGACGAGGGUUUCAUCGACUCCUGCUGUGACUUCCGUCACAAUUGAUCAACCGUCCAACACCGCGUCGGCGAACGCGGCCCCGGUAGGCUCAAGUUCUACCACUCCACAAGUCAGCAUGGCAGUGCAAACUGCAUACAACACGGUUCUGCUGGAGACGGUUGUGGUGAAUGUGGUUGACGAUCACGGCAAGAAGCACAAGGCGCGAGCGUUGCUGGACUCAGCUUCGAUGUCAAACUUCAUGUCGGGUCAGCUGGCAAAGAACCUCUACAAUCGGCCGAUCAAGGUGGACGUCGCAGUAGCUGGGAUUGGAGUUUCAACACAACGAGUUCGCAGCGCAAUCACAGCCGCGAUCGAGUCCAGGAACACAACGUUUUCUACGAAGCUGGAGUUCCUGAUCCUGAGGCAGCCUUCUGCAGAGCUGCCAACCGUGCCGAUAGACGUGUCGACAUGGAAACUUCCGGAUAUUGUGCUGGCAGAUCAACGCUUCAACGUACCUGAACCGAUCGACCUGGUGAUCGGCAGUGAAUCGUUCUGGGAACUGCACACUGGGCGGAAGAUCUCGCUUGGAGCAGGUCUUCCAUGGGUAGUUGAAACGCACUUUGGUUGGGCGGUAUCUGGCACCGCAUCCGCUGAAACUACCUGCAUCCCCCGCAUCUGUCAGCUUUCAGCUGUGAACGAUCGUCUGGAGGCUGCAAUCCAGAGAUUCUGGGAAGUUGAGACGAUCCCGGAAGGCCCCGCUCACUCUGUCGACGAGAAUCGCUGCGAGGAGUUCUUCGCCAAGACGACCACCCGUAACGCUACAGGAAGGUACGUGGUUCGUCUUCCCCUGACCGAUAACCCUGAAAUCGUCCUGGGGGAUUCCAAGACCAUCGCAGAGCGCCGCUUUCUCGGCCUGGAACGUCGAUUGGAUCGAGAUCCUGCGACGAAGGAGGCCUACCACAAGUUUAUGCACGAGUAUCUGUCGCUGGGCCACAUGGAGUUGGUGGACGGACCUGUGGACUACCGGAGGCCACACUGCUACUUGCCGCACCACCCUGUCUUCAAACAAUCAAGCACAACGACGAAGGUCAGGGUCGUCUUCGACGCGUCGUGCAAGACGUCGUCCGGCUACUCGGUGAAUGAAAAGAUGCUCGUUGGACCGGUCGUUCAACCGGACCUGCUGUCGACGCUGCUGAAGUUCCGGUUUCAAGCGGUCGCACUGGUGGCGGACGUCGAAAAGAUGUACCGUCAAGUGCUCGUGCAUCCUGACGAUCGGCCUCUGCAGCGGAUUGUUUGGCGAUUCAACCCGACGGAUCCCAUCUCGACCUACGAAUUGCGGACGGUCACCUACGGCACGGCAAGCGCUCCCUUUCUGGCAACCAGAACGCUCGCUCAGAUCGCGCAAGACAACAAAGAACUCCACCCGGACGCUGCUGAAGCUGUUGCACGAGAUUUCUACGUCGACGACUUGAUCUCUGGUGCGCCGGACGUGGAAACGGCGAUCAAACUGCGCCGCGAGAUAUCUACGAUGCUUGCUGCUGCUGGUUUUCCGCUCAAGAAGUGGGCGUCUAACGCCCCUGAAGUGCUACGAGACAUUCCACCCGAGGAUCUUGCACUUCUGCCGGUUUACGACCUGCAAGAUGGUCAAACUGUAACCACACUCGGCAUCGUUUGGGACCCACAGACAGACACCCUCUGUUUCCGGGUCCAACUACCACCCCCUGCGUCGGUGCUCUCAAAGCGCAAAGUGAUGUCUUACAUCGCACAGAUUUGGGACCCGUUUGGACUGGUUGGUCCAACAACAUUGAAGGCGAAGCUGUUUAUGCAGCGCUUGUGGGCGCUCAAACACAAAGGAGAAGCCUGCGCGUGGGACACCCCGCUCCCACUCAAGAUCCAGCUGGAAUGGAAGGAGUUCCACAUGCUGCUGCACAUGCUCAGCCAGGUCAAGGCUUACGGCGCCUGCUGUUACGUCCGAGCUGCGGCCGCCAACGGAGUUACCACUCGUCUGCUGUCCUCGAAGUCCAAGGUCGCGUCGCUGUCGUCCCAUGACUCGAUCAACAAAUUGGAGCUAAAUGGUGGCCGGCUCUCUACGCAGCUGUACAAGAAAGUCAAGAAAGCCCUGAACCUGUCUGAUGCCGUUCCAGUCUUCUUCUGGACAGAUUCGCUUACGGUUCUUCACUGGUUGAACUCUCUGCCCAGCCGUUGGAAGACGUACGUCGCGAAUAGGGUGUCCCAAAUCCAGCUGUGCACUAGCCGCCAUGUCUGGGGACACGUACCCGGCGUCGACAAUCCCGCCGACUACAUCUCUCGAGGACUGAGCCCGCUGGAACUGCUCGAUUGUCUGUGUUGGUGGUUUGGGCCCCUUUGGCUGAAGCAAAACCCGGACUACUGGCCAAAAACUGUGUUGACAGCCGCAGACGCUUCAGCUGUAACCAAGGAAGAACGCAAGGUGCCGAUCGUUGCGAUGACCACCGUCGAGGCUGAUUUCAGCAACCGUGUUUUCAGCUUGACCUCGAGCUUUCCUAAGCUCCGUCGCGACAUCGCAUUCUGCCAGCGCUUUCUUUCCAAGCUUCGUGAACGCUCGGUGCAACGGCGCGAUGCACCUGAACAGUACGCCCUGCUUACUGUUGGAAAAGUAACAACCCCUCUAUCGGUUACGCCGCUCUCUACGCACGAACUCCAACACGCUGAAUUCUCGCUGGUGCGCCUAGCGCAGCAAGAACACUACGCUGAGGAGAUUUCUGACCUCUCUGGAGGUGAACGGGUGUCCAAGUCGUCGCCACUCAAGUGGUUGAACCCGUUUGUUGACGUUAACCGUAUCCUGCGAGUCGGUGGCCGGCUUCGGAACGCCAAACUGACUCACGAAAGCAAACACCCGAUUGUUCUCUCUGCGCGACACCCGCUAACGGCUCUGUUGGCUAGUUACUUCCACGAGAAACUACUGCACGCAGGUCCCGCCCUCAUGCUGGCCACUCUCCGCCAGAAGUACUGGAUCUUGGGCGGACGAAACCUGGUGAAAUCUGUCUACCAUCGCUGCCACACCUGUUUCCGCAGUAAACCCACGCUGGUAAUCCAGAGCAUAGCAGAUUUGCCAGCAUCGAGGGUCGCACCAACUCGUCCGUUCUCUGUCUGCGGCGUUGACUACUGCGGGCCGUUUUAUAUCAAGUCACCUGUACGCAACCGCGCCCCCACCAAAGUCUACGUGGCCAUUUUCGUUUGCUUUUCGACCAAGGCGGUCCACAUCGAGCUGGUGAGCGAUUUAUCCACACCAGCAUUCAUCGCAGCUCUACGUCGACUGGUCGCCCGCAGAGGACAGGUUGUCGAGUUGAAUUCUGACAACGCGACCGCCUUCAAGGGUGCUGCGAAUGCACUGCACCGUGUGUACCAGAUGCUGAAGGUCGAACAAGUCGAUCGGAAUGAGAUUUUCACCUGGUGCGCAGAGAACGGGAUUCGCUGGAAAUUCAUCCCACCACGCGCGCCGCACUUCGGCGGACUGUGGGAGGCGGCGGUCAAAUCCGCCAAAACACACCUACUCAAGACGAUGGGCACCACUAGUGCCAACUACGAGGACAUGCUCACACUGCUGGCGCAGAUAGAGAUGUGCCUCAACUCUCGCCCACUCACGCCCAUGCCGGACGACCCGGCAGACGCUGAAGUCCUGACCCCGGGACAUUUUCUCGUCGGGAGCAACCUCCAAGCCGUUCCGGAAAUGGACCUGAAGGAGAUUCCAGACAACCGCCUCAACAACUGGGAGCUGACGCAGAAACGAGUCCAGCAAAUCUGGGCACGCUGGUACCCCGAGUAUCUGCAGCAGCUGCAGUCACGUGCGACGAAAGGUUGCAACCCACCUGUCGCCGUCGAGGUCGGCAGAGUCGUCAUCAUCAAGGAAGACAACGUUCCGCCUGCAAGCUGGCCCCUCGGAAAAAUCGUGAAGCUGCACCCGGGAAAAGACGGCAUCGUUCGGGUCGUGACCCUGAAGACAGCAGCGGCCAAGGAAGUCGUACGUGCUGUCGCCCGCAUCGCUCUCCUGCCAACACCAAGCCAAUGA